AUGAUUGUUCGAAGGCAGAACAGGAGAUUCACGAUCAUGGCUGCCGGGCCAAAGGGAUCUGGAAAAUCGUCGUUCUUCAACACUCUGAUAGGAAAGGAAAUUGUCACAUCGAAGGGCCAGGAGGGAAUCGACCUCUACAUGCUGAAUCUAGAUUGUGAGGGUAUUAUGCAAAGGAUUACCUUUGUUGACACGCCCGGGUUUGGAGACGCUCUUGAUGACACUGAGAUACAGGAAACAAUUUGCAACUUUAUCAAAGCUCAGCUAGACAUGUUCAUAACAGAGGAGUCAAAGAUUAGAAGAAACCCCAAAUACGAGGACACAAGGGUCCAUUGCCUGCUGUAUUUCAUACCUUCAACUUCUUUUGGACUCAAGAACAGAGAUAUCGUGUUCCUGAAGAAGGUCUCCGGGCUAGUCAACAUCAUUCCGGUAAUCAGCAAGUCGGAUGGGCUGAGCAUUACAGAAAGAAUAGAGGUCAAGAGACAGGUUAUGGAGCAGCUGAGAUACUACAACAUCUCCAUCUUCGACCUGGACGAUCCCGAGGUUUAUUCUUCACCCACGGCAGGAAAUGAUUUAAACAGCCUCGUCCCAUUCAUGGUCGUUUCUGCAGAUAGAGAAAACCUUGAAUCAAGGACAAGAAACUAUCAGUGGGGAAGUGUAAAUAUCGACAACCCAGAGCAUUGUGACUUUCCUGCGCUGAGAGAGCUGCUUCUCAGCACCCAUAUCUAUGGACUCAUCGACUAUACUGCAAGUGAAAUAUAUGAAAAUUACAGAGCUGCUGUUUUGGAAAGUGGGAUAAAAAGGUAG